AUGGCCGACGCACAUCCUCCCAUCAGGUAUGGCCGAUUAGUGCAUCUAGCCGGGCUGCUAAAAUUUGGGCGAAUUGAGGUCAAAACUGCUUCUCAGUGGCUGCAAAAGCAUUCUUUGUUGCUAUUAGCUUUUGGAGCAUCCACAUUAUAUCGAACAUGGCUCACUACGCCACUGAAUGGCUUGUUGCGGUGGAUAGGCGGGAUUUAUUGUUAUUAUCAAGCCUACUGGCUGGUAAAUAUUUACACGUUCAAAGAUAUACAAAAAUGUAAUUCAAUUUUGGAAAACGUAAAAGGUUGGGAACCGGGGUAUGAUUUUUGGGAGAUGCGUAACGAUCAAUGGUGGCUUUAUAUGUCUUGCCUAGGAAAUGACGCUGGCUGGUCGAAAAGAUUGUGGGAUAAUGUCGACGCGAUUUACGAAUCAAUCAAUAGAGUUUCUGAUAUUUUCAUGCCGGAUUGGCGUACGGACCAACGGGUGUUAGCAUAUACGGUUCCAAUAAAUGUAGUUUUUGUGGGUUUGUAUGGACUAAUUGUUAGAGAAGGUUUGUCUGAGUGGAUGUGGUAUCCAACGAUUCUUGCCACAAACGCAUUCAUAAACCACCUGAUAUACGGCACCCUCCUUAUAUAUCUUGGCCACAUUGUACCCGGCCUUCUUCCAUUGGCCGUCUGGCAUGGGUUUCAAUUUGGCGUCCCGGCUUUCUUAAUAUUCUACAGACUAGAAUGGAUACCUAUACGUGUUGCAUCAAUGAUCUUCGUCCGUCAGAGAACUUUGGCCGCUGCUGGACGUAAUUUGGAAGACAUUCAGAAUCAGCAAGAUGAAGAAGAGGUAGCUCUUAUUAUGUGGUGGAGAGGAGCUUUUUUCCGUCGUGUGCGUCUCGAAAUUGCUAUAAUGAUUGUUCGAUAUUCGACUACAUUGAAUUCACUUCCGAAUGCUUGUCGAUCUCUUUGGGCCUUUUGCAAAAGUGGAUGGGGUUUGAGGAAGCGAGUCGCUGAUCUUGAACAGCGAUUAAGUAACGCUAUAGAGGGCCGAAACGGUUGGAGGAGAAAGUUUCUGCAGAUGCUGAGGUUCCGUAAUGAAUGCAUAGCGCUUCAUCACCAUUUUGAAGUUCAAACUGAGAGACGGGUGUCAUAUGAUGAACUGGUGGCAAAAUUCAACGCAUUACGUCAAGCCUCGAGUGCCUUGAUAUUAGCGGGGGGUCCAGCUAGAGCGACGGAAAAGUUGAUUGGAGUGGCUAUUCACACAAGGGAUUUGCACCGUAAACAGAUCCAAACUCUUGUUUCUUCGUUUAUAGAAGCUGGUGCUGAGAUGGCCAUACUCAAAGAUAAAGUCAAAACGUUGGAAGAGGAUCUCAAAGCUGUCAACAGUGGUAGGGCAACAAUGUUAUGGCGAGAGACGGUUCAAGAGAAUCUGGAAUUGAGGAGGCAGGCACAGGAAGAGAUUUUGGAACGAGAUGUGACAAUUAAACGUUUGAGGGACAAUCGAGAUGAAAGUGCUGUUACAUCACUAAGUUUGGAUUCUACAGGACAACAAAUCUUGCGAAAACUGCAAGAGAGGUUGAUCAGUGCGGAGAUCAACCUCGCCCAUGCCGAAAUGAUAGUUGAGAAAUCAAAGUUUGAUAGAGUCAAACAUGAAGAAGAGAUAGAACAAAUCAAAAAGGAUGCAUUAUAUGGGGAGUCUGAGCGGUUGGGGGAGUUGUACACGGAUGCAGUCAUCCAGGCCGUUGAGCUGACCGAAGAGCUCAAGAGGUUUGAAUUUUCUACAGAUCCGGAACAUGAUAUCGAGGCUGUUCAAAGUCACUGUAAUCAAGAAAAAGAAAAAUUGCAGCGCGAGAUUGCGACUAAGAACCUGCAGAUAUCUACAUUCAAGGCACAAAUUGACCAUGCGAUAGGCUCUAUGAACUGGGCUGAUGAUAGGUUUCAGCCUCUGGACAAGUAUUUUGGCUUCAUCCCUGGCGCAAAAGGGGAGAUCCGACGCUUGUCAGCCGCCCUGGAGAAGGUUCAUUUCCAAAAUAUAGUACCUCAAGCACCUGCAAGGGUAGAUCAAAUGCGUUACCUAAAAAAUUUGACUACUAACAGGAAUCGUUUAUUAGAUGAGAGGCAAAGUCUUCGGGUGAUUCUAGCCGAACUAUCGCAGAAUAAAACUCAAAGUGAAACGGAACUUGCAAGAUUAAGAGAUAGAGUGGCUCGGAGGAAUACACAAGUGACGAAUUUGAAGACACGAAAUAGAGAGCUGCAGCUUCAACUAAGAGAAGCAGAAGCGGCAGCACCACCAGUAGAAGAAGCGCUGAAUAUCUCUGGUAUAGCGGCUCCCGUUGUGGUAGUCUAUGCAAGAAACCUUAUAGCCUUGAGGAGAGAAAUGCGAAAAAGGGGUAGAGAGGUAUCAGACUUACCAGAUAUUCCGGGAGCUAAUGGCAUUCCACGUGUAGAAGGAGAGCCUAUAGAAAUCUCUCAAUUAAGGGUUUUCAACGAGCUAAAAGACAUGUUUCAAGAUCUAUCAAGAUCGGUAAGAGAGAGUGAUCCUCCAUGGCUAGGAGCGACAGAUGACUGGGUGGAUGAUAAUACAGACAGUCCUGAGAAUAUGAAUGCGCGCAGGCUUAAUCGGAUAUUAAAAUUGAAAGACCUUUGGGAUUAUAUCGGAACAUUACACUACGACACCAUUCUUUUCGUCCGCGAAAUCUGCCAAAAAUUUGGGAUAGAACAUGGUGUUGAACUACCGGAAAGACCCCAGUCUCCGUCGCCCCUACCUUCCCCAACUCCAUCUCCGCCGCCUCCUCGUUCGAGGGAUAGAGAUCUAUUCCCAGCGCUAUUCACACAAUAUGAGGUAUUUGAUAUUGAAAGAUGGAAUGUGUUUCCACAUGAUCAAGAAAAUGUUACUCCUGCUUUUAGUGUCAAAGCAGCGUUGCAACGAUCUAUCCAGGAACAAUUACCGGAUCAUGACGCAAACAAUCUUGAACCCAUUGAAUUUGAGCGUCACUUAGCAAAUACACUAGGUAGAAACAUCAACUUUCUGAUCGACCCAAUUCAUGAACGCGACGUAGCUGAGGUUCUAUAUAAAAUCAGUAAUUCAUUUGUUCUGAAGACUGUUACACAAUUUCCUCGAUGGAAUGGUGGCUUCAGAUAUCUAUCCCGGGAAAUUCUGUAUCCGGAUACCUUGGAAGUGACUCCACCAAGAACGGUCGUUGUAUUGUAUUUAUCGGAUAACAUUUGGCAAGGUAUGAGCUUAAAGCCAACCGAGUCUGAUCAUGAGUCUGACAGCGGAUCUGAUGUUCAAGCCCCUCCACCAGAGCCACGCUUACCUGCGCUGAUGGAAUUCGAUUUGACAGAUUGGAAAUUAAACUAUGCGGUCAGGAGGUGGACAAUUCCUGGACAGGCUGUUCUACGUGAAGGUCUAACUUCGAUAAGUGCAGUGGCAAAUUCCUUGCACUGGCAGUAUCCAGGCAUUCUUUGGAAUGAGAUAAGGGCAAAUGAGGCGUAUGAGGCUCUCUUUGCCAAAUUUCAGAGAGUUCAUCCACACCAUGAGGAAGAUUACUUCGCGGAGCAUAUUCAAGUGGUGUUAGAUGGUAUACUCAGAAAUGGAGGUAACAGACCACAUUAUAGGCUCGCAGCCAUUACUUCGCACGAGGUAGCUGCUGGAGAUAACAAAUUUUUUGUGAGUAUUUAUGGGGGCGAUUCAGAGAGUCCUUUGCUUUAUGUAGCUUACCAACCGCGAAUUGGAUGGAUGGGUAUGCGGAAAAGGCGUGCUGGUGAUUCUGAUGGCUUCCUUGGGGAUUUAGAGUGGGGUGUCUCAGUCCAGCAGCUACAAGCCGAAGAGAUACAAGCCGAAGAGCUACCUGCUGAGAGGCUACCUGUUGGGAGUCUACCAAUCGACCCUAUUGUGAUUGAUGAUCCAGUCGAGGCAGCAUCAAUACUACCAGCUGUCAUUUUGCCCAGGAUUGAGAAUUAUGGCAGAAAUUCUAUCAAAGCCCCAUUUGACAGAGCUGGAUGGACUUUUGAUGUCGAUCUAGAACAUUUCAACGAAGGCUUGAGACGUGGUGUUAAUCGAGAACCCUGGAUUCAUAAUUGCGCCCAACGAGCAUUGUAUUAUUCAAUCCGCCAUCAACAUCCCAACUAUUUGCGAGGUAAUCUCACUCCACAAUCAGUAAUGCAAGCGUUCGAUGAUGUUUUUCCCCGACACGGAGAUUCUUGGAAAGAUGAAGAAGUCGCUAGAAUACUCAGAGGAUAUCCGACACUAGGGGGAUAUGAACUUGCGAUUGUCAAUUGUAUGGCUUGUAACGAUGAUACUAUGCUUACUUUAUCUUGGUCCCAACCAGAGGGAUAUAAUCCUGCAAGUGACAACUUAUUGUUUGUUGGGUCAGUUCUUGAUCGACGAAUAGGAUUUUGUCAGGGUGAAGAUGUUAGACACCAUUGGAUGGGUAUGAAAUAUCGGGAUGGCGAAGCAGUGCCAAAUCCUCGGUUGUUCAGACCUCAACCAGCCGUCCCUCCUUCCAGGCCCCCAAAAUCAAAAUUCGUGUCUCUACUAAAUGCAGCGACAAGUAGUCAAGGGCCAAAGAAAACCCCUGUGUCCCAGAGUAGCGCAUCGUCUUGGUCUAAUUUCGAUACUUCGAAAAGCUUUGUAUCCCAGUCUGGUAAGAAAUGGGUUCCGCCGUCCACUCCACCCACGAAUCUUCCUAUAACCAUGAUACCCUCUGUUCAAACUGGCAAACAGUUUGGUACUGUCGUGCAAAAACCAAGUCAGCCACCACCACCAAACUUCAAAUCCGCUUCAUCUUCCUUCAAAUUGCAAUAUUGGCCACCACUUAGUAUGGCUACACAGCAACAGCAACAACGACCAGGUUUAAAUCCCCAUACAUUGGCUGUUCCUUUCGGUGAACUGUUUGUUCAUCCAGCCCCGCUACAACAACAGCCGCCACAGCCGCAGCGGCAGCCGCAAGGUCAAAAUACACAGGGACAAGUAGGUCUUAGUAUGAAUAUCGCUAGUAGGAACGAACAAAUGGAACUUGCGCGCAAACUUCAAGCGGAACAGAGUCGUGGAGGUAAACAUUCAAAGAAGGAUAAAGAGUCGAAGAGAGUACAUGGAAUGGACAAGGAAACAGGGAUGGGUAGGGGGAAGAAAGGAGGUAGAGGAAAAGGAAGAGGAAGAGGGAGGGGAAGAGGAAGAGGGGAGGAUGGAGGAAACAGACAGAAAGAAGAUGAUAGUGGGGCCGGGGGAGGAGGCGGUGGAAGCUCGGGCGCUGCUGGUAAUGACUGGGAAGAUGAAAUUUGA